AGGCCUUUCUCUUUUUAUAACAUCCCAUCCUCGCUUUUACACCGAACAGCUUCAACCUUUGCAACACUCGUCAGAUUUACAAUCGACCCAACUCCAACCCAAGUACAUCCCAAACAUUAAAAGCAACAAUGUCCUCACCACGUAGAAGAAUCGAGACAGACGUAAUGAAGCUGUUGAUGAGCGAUUAUGAAGUGACACUUGUCAAUGACAAUAUGCAAGAGUUCUAUGUUCGGUUUCAUGGCCCCACAGAUACCCCAUUUGCAGGCGGUGUCUGGAAGAUUCAUGUAGAGCUACCAGAUCAGUACCCAUACAAAUCACCAUCAAUCGGCUUCAUGAACAAGAUUUUCCACCCUAACAUUGAUGAAGUGAGUGGGUCAGUAUGCUUGGAUGUCAUUAACCAGACAUGGAGCCCAAUGUUCGAUAUGAUCAACAUCUUUGAGGUAUUUUUGCCUCAGCUGCUCCGCUACCCUAACCCUACUGACCCUCUCAAUGGCGAGGCCGCCGCCAUGUUGAUGCGCGAGCCAGCAGGAUAUGAAAACAAGGUCAAAGAAUAUGUUGCAAUCCAUGCAACAAAGGAGGGAGCAGAUGCGGCAACAGAUGAAAGUUCAUCGGACGAUGACAUGAGCACGAUGGACUCAUUUUCAGAUGACGAUGAGGCACCGGGUUUGGAACUCUAAGGGAUCGAUAUUUUCAGGAUCACAAGGCGAAGAGAAAAAAAGAAAACGAGAUAAUAAAAAAUAAAAGGAGUCUGAGUACAGGUCUUGCCUAUGGAGCAGCGACAUCUUGGACCAAUGAAGUGUGCUUGAAACUAAACAAAACGACGACCUUCAUUCUAACUCUACCACUCACGGAUCCUCUUUCUCCCCUCCCCCUUUUUUAUUACGCAGUUUUCAACUAGAGAGCAGCAAAGGCAACAUAAUAUCUCAUUAUUGGUGAAAUAGUGAAUAAAUCCUUUGAUCACAACUUUAGUGCAAUAGAAA